GUCAUGUGUAUGAAAGCCUUUACUUCUUCUUUACGAUUACAUUCAAGGAAAAAAGUCAAUAAAGAAUUACCCUUGAAGACUACUCCAUUAUGUGCCAAUUGUUCAAGAAGUAUAUCAACUACUACAGCCAAAUCUACCAACUUGGACAAAGUCAACAAAAGACCUGACAGUAUUCCACCUUUAUCACAACAACUUGACCAACAAAGUAAGCAUUCAUUCAAUUCUUCUUCAGAACCAUCUUCAGUCAAUGUAUCGUCUUCUUCAACACAUAUACCUUCACCUCCUCCAGCCAACCCUACUGCAGCUUUUCAGGAUCUUCUUGGUCUCAAUAAUGACUCCAAUCGUGAUUUGGAAAACACUUUUUAUCAACGGGAACUUCCAGCAACAUUAGUUCGUUUUUCUUCUGAUAAGGGCAAGUCUCUGUUUAGAGAAUCUAUGGAAUUGGGUUUUGCUGAAGCAUUCUUUCCUCUAACUGGUAACUUUACAACUCAAUCGGAACCUGCUUAUUGUGGUCCUAGCUCUUUGGCUAUGGUGCUGAAUGCUUUAGAAGUGGAUCCUAAGAGAAAGUGGAAAGGAAACUGGCGCUGGUAUUCUGAUGAACUCUUGGAUUGUUGUUUGUCUAAAGAAGAAAUGAAAAUAAAUGGGAUUACUUUUGACAAGUUUGCCUGUCUUGCCAAGUGUCAUAGUGAAGUGAUAGCCAAACGAGCUCCAACAUUUAGCUUUGAUGAAUUUCAAAAAGAUGUGAUCGAUGUGACAGCACGUUCAGACAAGUUUUUGGUUGUAUCAUUUUCUCGAAAAACACUUGGUCAAACUGGGGAUGGACAUUUCUCUCCUAUUGGUGCUUACAACCCUGAUAGCAAGAUGGUAUUGGUUCUGGAUACUGCUCGAUACAAAUACCCUAGUUAUUGGUGUCCUAUUGAUACUUUAUAUGAAUCUAUGAAUCCCGUGGAUAAGGAAACCGGUCGACCUCGUGGUUACUUUUUGAUCAGUUACGACAUAGAACAUCCUCCUGUCCGUCUUUGCAAUCCCACUCAACAAAACAAUAAAACAACAUCAACAGGAUUACAGUCAUCAUCAUCAUCCAUCGUCCCUACUUUACUGAAUUGGUCUACCAUUGCUCAAACAUUCUGUAAACGUAUACCUGAAAAUAUGUGGUUGGAAAAGCCAAGAUCAUUAGAACAUGCAAUUCAAGUGGUCCUUCGUAAUGUUCCUCCUGAAUUCACUCGGAUUUUGGCCAGUCAAUCUAUGGCAUCGUCAAAGGCCUAUUCAGAACAACAGCACCAACCCGAUCAAGCCAAAAAUUACAUUCGACUUCUUUUGCAAGAUACGACAAAAUCUCCUCUGUAUCCAAUUGUGUUCAAAACUCUUUACCCAAGUCAACCAUCACCACCAUUGAUUGAUAAUAAUGGAGACCAACAAGUAGAUCAACAUGCUGCUUUUGCAACUCUCUUUAUCUUAGGAUCACCACGCAUGUUGUACAGCUCACUUCCUCGUGAUUUGCAAGACACAUUAAUAGGCUACCGACAAGAAGAAUAUAUGACAGAUGUGGUGAAAAGAGAAGUGGAUCGUAUAUCUCAAGAAGUCAAGGAACUGACCAAGGCAUUCUGUACCUGUGGACCUGGAUGGACAAAAGAAGAAAAUCCUCCUUCUUGUUGUUAAUUAGUUAGCUAGUUAGCUUUACUUAUGAUGAAUUAGACCAUUUGUUCCUUCGAUUCCACCCUUUAUUAUUUAUACUAUAACAUUUUUUUUUUUUUUUUAGAUCUGCAUAUGAUAUCAUUAUCUUUUUUUUUUUAUUGUUGUAAACAAAUCAUCCUUAAUAAAGAACCCAAAAUGAGAAAAUCUAAUUUUUUUUUUAUUCCAUGUAUUUGUGUUCAUAUCAACAUUACUUGCAAUAAGAAUAUAAGAUUGUUUAUGUACGCUUGGUUAUAUACUUUUUUUUUCCCAUCAUAAAAUAUGUUAAAGAGCAUGAUGAUGAUGAUAAUGAUGA